AUGUUUUAUACAUUCACUUUUCUCAUUUUUGUCAAAUUUAUUUUUCUUCUAUUUUCUUCUUUUCCUUUCUUAUUCCAUUUUCUUUCCUUUCCUUCUGAGUCCAUUUCUUUCUUUGUUACUUUCUUUUUUAUUUCAAUUUUUUCUGUAUUUUUUAUUUUUCCAUUUUCUUUUUUCGUUUUUAUUCUAUUUUCCUUACUUUUUCUUUUAUCUUUCUCAUUUUUCUUUCUGUAUUUUUACGUUUUUAUGUUCUUUCUUUCUUUCUUUUUUCUCUUUUCUUUCUUUCUUUCUUUUUUCUCUUUUCUUUCUUUCUUUCUUUCUUUCUUUACAAUAACUUUCCGUCACCAUAUCUCUAUUGUAUUUUCUAUUAGUCAAUUUCUGACUUCAUCAUUUGAACAAUUUCUCCGUUUCUUUAUUUAUUUUAAAUUUUCUUUAUUCCUAUACUUAUUUCUUUCUUAUUCUUUUUUCUGUUAUCUGAUAUGCAUUUUUUCCAUUAUAAUGCCUUUCUUUCUUUCUUUCUUUCUUUCUUUCUUUCUUUCUUUCUUUCUUUCUUUUCCCCUUCAUCUCUUUUCAAGUCUACUCCUAAUUUCUUUCUCCCCACCGCGUACACAUAAAAAAAAACUCAUUUCCUUUUUUUCAGCGCCAUCCUUACGUUUUACAUUCUCCAGCUCUCACCAGUAA